AUGGAAAGCCACCAGCAAUCCGACGCAAGCACUCCUGUGGAGCCCUGCUCCCCGGUCUGCGUGGACACACCAGCAACGCAAUCCUCCGUGUUAUUUGACACUCAUCUGGAUGAUCUUCUGCGCCAUUUCCCCCUUGAUCAAUAUAUCCUGGUCACCGGGGGGCUCGGCUUCAUUGGGAGUCACACAACAUUGGAGCUUCUCAAGGCCAACUAUAACGUGAUCGUGAUCGACAACCUGAGCAACUCCUUCCAAAACGUCUUCGACCGCAUCAGCCUCUUGGCGUCCAAGUACCAUGAGCAGCAGGGCACGAAGAUGCCCUCGCUGCAGCUGCAUGCGCAUGAUUAUCGGGACACCACUGCUCUGCGAGACCUUCUAGAACAAUACCAAACCGAGACUCGUUGGGGUACCUCCAAGUCCAAGAUUUCUGGUGUCAUCCACUUUGCCGCUUACAAGGCUGUUGAGGAGAGCAUCCGAAACCCAUUGAAGUACUAUGCGAACAAUGUCAGCGGUCUCAUUGACUUCGCCACCACUCUGGGUGACUAUGGCAUCAAAACCUUCAUCUUCUCCUCGUCUGCCACCGUGUAUGGCACAUUGGCUACCUCGGGCCUUCCGCUGAAGGAGGAGCUCUGCACCCACAAGGAGGAGAUCUACGUGGACCAUGAGGGUGUUCCACAGCCUGUGCAAUCCGGAUGCACAGGUAUCACAAACCCAUAUGGACGAACCAAAUGGAUCUGCGAGGCGAUUCUGGCCGAUCUCGCCGCAUCGGAUCCGGAGUGGACGAUUGUGGCUCUGCGUUACUUCAACCCUAUCGGGUGUGACGAAUCUGGCCUUCUUGGCGAAGAUCCCCGGCAGACCCCUACCAACCUUCUUCCUGUCGUCGUCAAAGUCAUGACGGGUGAGUACAAGGAACUGCAGAUGUUUGGAACCGACUGGGACACCGAAGAUGGCACAGCGGUCCGUGACUUCAUCCACGUCACCGAUCUUGCUCGCGGACACAUCGCGGCCCUCGGUGCCGCCAACGAGGGCAAGUUGAUGGAGAACUUCCGCACGUUCAACUUGGGAACAGGGCGCGGACACUCUGUCAAAGAGGUGGUGGAAACCAUGGAAGGAGUGUCCUCGAAGCACAUCCCCAGAAGAGCAGCCGAUCGCCGCGCCGGCGAUGUCGGCUCCUGUGUCGCUGUGGCCGCAAGGUCACAGGAAGAGCUCAACUGGCAGACAGAGAAGUCGCUCGAGGAUGCGUGCGUGAACCUUUGUAACUUCCUGGAGGUCAGUGGCUUGUCUUCGUGA